AUGUUCCAGACCGUCGCGCAGUUUCAGGAGCUGUACUACUACCGUCCCUGGGCGAAAACUCAGAACGAGGGCUAUGCUGAUCAUAUGUACAUGAGAAAGCUCUUCUGGGACCACUCCUUUGCUUACGACGAUUCUUACUAUCAGGACCCUCCCGCACACAAGCACCAGUCUGUCUCCUACAAUGCCUAUGCCGACAGAAAGGACUACCUCAAGAUCUUGAAUGCCUACGGGACAGGGUGCGCCUCCUCGCACUGCUAUUAA